AUGAAGUACCCGCUGGUGCCCUUGGUGAAUGACCUCACCUCAUUCCUGGUUUUCUCGCUCUGCCUGCCUGUGGGCUUGCUGCUACUCUUGGUGAUCGUCUGGCUACACUUCUUACUUAGCCAAGAUUCAGAGGAAAAUGACCCCUGUUUAUGUAUCAAUUGGGAACCAUGGAGCAAAGGGCGAGCUGAGUUUUGCUGGGAGGAGACACUCCACAGCGGAGAAGACAAGAAGCAGCUGUAG